ACGUGUUCGUGGGAAAUGUUAACUGUGGAAGCUAAGACUGGACAACACACAAACAGGUCAAUCUCCAAACAAACGGACCCUCCGGCCACGCCCGUGCCGUACCUGUCCCACUCUAUAGAAGAUAUCCUGAAAAGACCCGUCUGUCUGGCUGAAAGGGAAAUGCAGAAGAUUGAGGAGAACAUGGCAGAAAACAUUUGGACACCUAUUGAAAAUGAAGACUUUAAAUCUAGCGGUUAUGCAGUGUGUCAGCGGCGCCACAGGAGAGUUCGGGCCACGUUCACAGCUGCUCAGCUCGAGGAACUGGAAAGAGUGUUUCAGGAGACUCAUUACCCAGAUGUUCAUAUCAGAGACUGGCUGGCCAAACGCACCCAUCUGUCCGAGGGGAGAGUUCAAAUCUGGUUCCAGAACCGAAGAGCCAAGUGGAGACGGAUCGCGGUGCAGGAAAGAAACAGCCUCCAGCGCACCACAAGCGACUCCACACACCCUCUAGAGCAUCCCUGGUUCUUCACCCUGAAGCAUCACCUGCCUGCAUCGUUCCACCCUUUUGUUCCUCUGUGUGAGACCGGAGCCCAGAUGCUGCACCCCUUCGCCGGGUCCCAUCAGUUCCAUACGCCACCAUACCAGCCGUGGUUCUCAAACCUUAGACCUCAUCGUGCCAACUCACCAAGCAAGCGGCUCAGUCUUUCAUCUCAUUUAGUGCUUUAUUAAAAUGUUAUGCAAAGACUGUAUGAAGAUUUUCAAUCAAUGGACUGUACAGUAUAUGUGUGUGUGCGUGUGUGUGUGCGUGCGUGUUUGUGUGUGUGCGUGUG